AUGAGUUACGCCGCAUGCCAUGAAGAGCUUAAGGAAAGUUACGUCAYCCGUGCAGGACUCCCGUCGCAUUGCCGGAGAGUGCACUCAGGUCUACGGGCCGGCGCAUCGCCGGAAAGGCGRAUGGKCAACCGAGGYUGUYCMAAUCCGUGUCGCCGUGAUGACGGUCCAGUCGACUGCAAGACGCAGAGUGUGCGCCGGCGCCUAGCUGAGGAGCUCGGCUGUUGUGGYUGCACCAAAGUCCAGACUCCCUGUUUGGUCACCGAAGACACGAGCACAUCUUGCAGGCGUCGUCCCGCCGCGCCGACUUACUCCCCCGAACCAAACGACAAUGCUGCUGCGACUUACGUCGAUCCGGUCGAUCAGAUCAUCAACGAAGGACUAAUGCAGCAGAAGAAAAAUAGUAGCCGGAGGCGAUCAACCGCCUGCAGCGCUAGUCGUCCACGCGACCGGAGCGUCCGGGAACGUCGCACGAGACCAUCAACUGCCAACAACCUCAGCUACCAGCCCGAUUUCUUCGACGACCAGGCUGACAUGAAUAAUUGGCAACAGCACUGGGAACGCAAACAGCACGACGCGUCMCGAGGACGGCCGUCGUCGCCGCCGGCUCCAAGCUCCAAUCGUCUGGCAUUUGAACCUUACGUGGACGACGAAUCGUAUUCUGAGGCUGCGGUCGGCACGCCGAAUAAUGAAAUACAGCCCGAGCUGCAGGACGAAAACGACGACCGCCGGCAAAAUAUACAACRGGAACUGGAAAGRUUGAACGARCASCGGUCAUACUUGAUGGAAUGCUUGGAAAGGGAAACGAAAAUCAUCGAGUUGAUGCGCGAAUACCAGCAACUGAAACGCGUCUCCGCACAACUGCAUAAGCAGCAGCAGCCGUCCGUCGACGACCGGGAACGGCUUCAGCGGUUGAUCGACGAAGAAAAACGGAAACUAGCCGAUUUCCAGCGACAACCGCAACAGCAGAACGAACCAUUCGCCGCGGCCCCGAGCGGAACGUACGAGAUUCCAUCGGAUUUGCCUGCCAGAAGCCCGACGCCGUCACCGUCCCGAAACCGGGAAUCGGAAUGCGACGCCGCGUCGUCGCCGCCGCGGCAACGGCGAAGAUUGAGCUACCGACCGCCGUCGACGGACACUGAYACCGAAGACGAAUGYCGUGCGCCGCCCCCGAGACGACGGUUACURGUGGUACGWCCGCCAUCGCCGAGUGAUAGCAGCGACGACGGCGAAGACGUCAACGAAUAUGGUCGCGGAACACCCGCGGCCACAUCCAGGUGUCCGGCAGAAGCCUCGGGAGCAUCGCGGUCCCAGGAAUCGUCGCCGCGGCCACAUUCGUCACUGCAGGACUCGUUAAUGUACUACUACAGGGCCAUUCGCAACGGUGCACUGCCCAUGACYGCGAACGCGCCACAACAGACUAGCAAUACCUGGCCCACCUGCGGCCGCUAA